CAAAAUUGUUUGUCUACUUGCUGUAAUCUACAAGAGCAUUCGAGAAAUGAAACGUUGGAAUAAAUUAAAGAUACAAAAUUAACAACCAUGUCCAUUUCGAAAGUCAAUGUUAAAUAUACUCAGUUGUUCAUUAAUAAUGAAUUCGUGGAUGCUGAAAGUGGGAAAAAAUUUUCGACCAUAAAUCCUGCUAAUGAAGAAAUAAUCGCUCAAAUUUCUGAAGGUGACGAGGUUGAUGUCAAUAAAGCUGUAGCAGCUGCAAAAAAAGCAUUUUCAAGAUGUUCAGAAUGGAGAACAAUGGAUGCAUCACUCAGAGGGACACUUAUAAACAAAUUUGCGGAUCUUGUACAGAGAGACUUAAAUUAUAUAGCUAGUCUUGAAAGUAUUGACAAUGGAAAAACAUAUGGUGAUGCUGUUUUUGAUAUAAAAUUUAGCAUAGAUGUGUUUCGUUAUUACGCUGGAUGGUGUGAUAAAAUAAAUGGUCAAACUAUUCCUGCAGAUGGUUCUAGUUUUGUAUUUACACGUAAGGAACCAGUAGGAGUUGUUGGACAAAUCAUCCCAUGGAAUUAUCCAUUUAUGAUGUUAGCAUGGAAAUGGGCUAUGGCUUUAGCAGCAGGUUGUACUAUUGUUCUGAAACCAGCGGAACAAACUCCAUUAAGUGCUUUGUAUGCAGCAGCAUUGAUCAAAGAGGCAGGAUUUCCACCUGGUGUUGUCAAUGUUAUUACAGGAUAUGGACCAACGGCAGGAGCUGCUAUAGCUAAACAUCCAGAUAUUCAGAAAAUUACUUUCACAGGAUCAGUUGAAGUUGGACAUCUUAUUAUGGAAGCAGUUGCCAAAAGUAAUCUCAAACGAGUCAGUCUUGAAUUAGGUGGUAAAAGUCCACUUGUUAUCUUUGAUGACUUUGAUGUUAAGAAAGCUGCUGCGAUAGCCCAUACUGCUAUAUUUGCAAAUCAUGGCCAGAGUUGUUGUGCAGGAUCACGUACGUUUGUACACUCAAAAAUAUACGAUGAAUUUGUACAACAUGCAAAACAUUUAGCGCUUGACAUAAAGGUCGGAGAUCCCUUUAAUUCUGAAACAAACCAGGGACCACAAAUUGAUGAAGAGAUGUUUAAUAAAGUUUUGUAUUUUAUAAAUUCUGGGAAAGAGGAAGGAGCUGUGUUGGAAACAGGUGGUGAACGUUAUGGUAAUGUUGGCUUUUUUAUAAAGCCAACCGUUUUUUCUCAUGUAACGGAUAAAAUGAAAAUUGCUAGUGAAGAAAUUUUUGGUCCAGUACAAUGUAUUUUGAAAUUUGAUACUAUGGAAGAAGUUAUUGAACGUGCUAAUAAAACCAUGUAUGGUCUCGCUGCUGGUGUAUUAACUAAUAAUAUUGAUAAAGCAAUAACAUUUGCAAAUGCAGUGGAAGCUGGAAGUGUUUGGGUGAAUCAUUAUGAUGCUAUAACACCACAAACACCAUUCGGCGGGUAUAAGAAAUCAGGAAUAGGGCGUGAAUUGGGAGAAGAAGGUUUAAAAGAAUAUCUUGAAAAUAAAACAGUUUCUAUUAAGCUGCCAACAUGUAAUUAAAUAAUGUUGUAUACAUACGUGUAUGUAAAAUACAACAAUUGAAAAAAAUGUAUUUUUUUUUAUUACUAUUUUUGUGUCGACUUUUAAUUAGAUACAAUCUAAUAACAAUUAGAUUUAUAUGAUUUGUGUACAAAUAUUAUUGAAUAAAGUGCUCAUAAUAGCAACUUUUAUAAGUA